CGGGCCGUGAACGCCAUGGCCGUGGCCGGGGCCCCCGCGGGCGGCCCAUGCGCGCCGGCGCUGGAGGCCCUGCUCGGGGCGGGCGCGCUGCGGCUGCUUGACUCCUCGCAGAUCGUCAUCAUCUCCACGGCGCAGGACGCCAGCGCCCCGCCGGCCCCCGCCGGCCCCUCCGCUCCCGCCGCCGGCCCCCGCGAUGCCGACCUGCUGCUCUUCGCCACGCCACAGGCGCCCCGGCCCACACCCAGCGCCCCGCGCCCCUCGCUCGGCCGCCCGCCGGUAAAGCGGAGGCUGGACCUGGAAACUGACCAUCAGUACCUGGCUGAGACCAGUGGGCCAGGCCGGGGCAGGGGCCGCCACCCGGGGAAAGGCGUGAAAUCUCCGGGGGAGAAGUCACGCUAUGAGACAUCGCUGAAUCUGACCACCAAACGCUUCCUGGACCUGCUGAGCCGCUCAGCCGACGGUGUUGUCGACCUGAACUGGGCAGCUGAGGAGCUGAAGGUUCAGAAACGGCGCAUCUACGACAUCACCAAUGUCCUUGAGGGCAUCCAGCUUAUCGCCAAGAAGUCCAAGAACCACAUCCAGUGGCUGGGCAGUCACACAGCAGUGGGGAUCAGUGGGCAACUCGAAGGACUGACCCAGGACCUCCGGCACCUGCAGGAGAGCGAGCGACAGCUGGACCACCUGAUUCACGUCUGUACCACACAGCUGCGGUUGCUCUCUGAGGAUGCCGACAGUCAGCGCCUGGCUUACGUGACCUGCCAGGAUCUACGUAGCAUCGCAGACCCUGCAGAGCAGAUGGUUGUGGUGAUCAAGGCCCCUCCCGAGACUCAACUCCAAGCCGUGGACUCCUCCGAGACCUUUCAGAUCUACCUUAAGAGCAAACAAGGCCCCAUUGAUGUUUUCCUGUGCCCUGAGGAAAGCUCGGGUGGGAUCAGCCCCGGAAAGACCCCAACCCAGGCAGCGGCUUCUCCUGGGGAGGAGGACAGGGUGGCUGUCCCUGCCAUCACAGUACCACCACCAUCACCUCCUUCAUCUCCUGCCACAGAUCCUGGCCAGUCCCUGCUCAGCCUGGAGCAAGAACCGCUGCUGUCCCGGAUGGGCGGCCUGCGGGCCCCUGUGGAUGAGGACCGCCUGUCCCCGCUGGUGGCGGCCGACUCGCUCCUGGAACAUGUGCGGGAGGACUUCUCUGGCCUCCUCCCUGAGGAGUUCAUCAGCCUGUCUCCUCCCCAUGAGGCCCUCGACUACCACUUUGGCCUCGAGGGUGAGGGCAUCAGAGACCUCUUCGACUGUGACUUUGGGGACCUCACCCCCCUGGAUUUCUGACGGGGCUUAGGAGUGCCAGGGCCUCCCAAGAUGCCCACUCUGUCUCUGCAGCCCUGGAGCCCCCUGCCCCUGGCCGUCCUCCCAGCCCGGUUGGAAAUGUUUAAUUUAUAUCACCUUCCCCUGUCUCCAGAAGCUUGUAGCUCUGGAGUCUGGCUACUGCCAAGAGGCUGAGCAAGCCAAGAGGAGAAGGAUCCUGUGUUUGUGGUGUGUACGUGCAUGCACCCGACACCCAACACGUGUGUACACGGGUGAGUGUGGUGUGCACCUCUGGCAGAAAUGCCAGGUAAGCACGUUUAUGUGAGUGCAUGUGUGAGCGUGUGUGCAUGUACCGGGGAAUGAAGGUGAACACAUUGGUGCAUGCACUGACAACAUGCCCCAGUGUGUCCACGUGUGUGUGCAUGAGUUCAUGUGUGCGCAUGGUGGGGGCUGUAACUGCACUUUCGGUCUCCUGGCCCCAGGGCCCCACAAGGCCCAGGGUGGCUGCUUGCCCCCGGAAGCCUGCAUGCUGACUGGGCCAGGCGGGGAAGCCUUGGCCAGCUUUGUUUGCAGGACAGCAAGAGCACUUCUGUCGUCUUAAAGGUUUUUCUGACUCGAAGCUUUAAUGGAGCAUUAUUUAUUUAUCGAGGCCUCUUUGGCAAGCCUGGGGCACCAGCAAAGGGUAGGAGGGAUGUGGGGCCAGUGCCCCAACUCCCCAUGCCCCUGAGUGAGGACAGGGGUCCCUGAGCUGUUCUUUUGCCCCACCCCGAAGGAGCUGAGAUCUGAGUGAUUUAUUUAUUGGGAGAGUGAGGGAGGGAGACAGACUGACUGACAGCCAUGGGUGGAUGGAGGGGUGGCCCCUUCCCGGGGGGGGGGUCACUGCAGGGCCCAGCUGCCCCCCAAGAUGGAUGUGAGAUGGGAGAGGUGAGUGGGGGACCUUCACUGACAGGGUGGGCAGGAGGGGUGGGUGGAGGGCCUUCCCCAGCCCAGACCGUAGGGGGCCCCUUCUGUGGUGUUUGAAGUGCCCCUUCCCCACUUCUUGCUGUGCCCCACCCCCCCAAUCUGCACUUUGAUUUGCCUUCUUAACAGCUCUGUUCCCUCCUGCUUUGGUUUUAAUAAAUAUUUUGAUGGUG